AUGGAUCCUUUUGCGAAUAGACUCUCAAAGGAUUAUCGAGCCAGUAGUGAUCAAGGUUACAAGUUAAUUGCUAAUCUUCAUACUGGCAUUACAUACAUAUUAGUGGUAACAACACGUUAUCCAAAUGAGACAGGAAACUUUUCUAUUAAAGCAGCUGGUCGAAAUAACAUCACUCUUAAUCCUUACAUCGGAAUUAAAUGGAUUGUACUUGUUCAACCAGAUGGGAGUUGUUUCAUUGGUCAAAAAUGUCAGUUCUACAAAAAAAGUAUUGGUAUCAUUCUCGAUGAUAUUUUACGUGAUGAAAUUCGACCGAAUAUGACAAUGACUGAUCAAACAAUAUUGGUGAAAAUCAAUGCUGUUUUAACGAUGAUUAUGUUUGUUGGAGGUUUAAUCAAUAGUAUUUUGUCUCUAAUAACAUUUCAGAGCAAAGAACUACGGAAAGUUGGAUGUGGCAUCUAUCUCUUCGCGUCAUCGAUUACAUCGUUUCUUACAAUCAGUAUAUUUACAGUGAAGUUUUGGUUUGUUGUUCUCACUCAAAUAAAUCUGUCAAUUCGUCUUUCUGUUGUUCGAGGUGGUUGUGUAUCGAUCGAACCACUUCUCAAGCUUUGUCUUUAUUUGGAUGCUUGGCUCAAUGCGUGUGUAGCUAUUGAAAGAGCGAUUCUUGUUUUCAAAGGAAUCGCAUUCAAUAAACAAAAGAGUCAACGCAUUGCUCGAUGGAUAAUUCUUAUACUACCAUUCUGUAUCAUGGGUUCAAUCAUUCACGAACCUAUACACCGAGAACUGUAUGAGGUAAAAACAGACACAAAGGAAGUGGAUAUCGAUAGAUGGUGUUUAACUCGUUAUUCUUCUUUUGUUCAGCAAUACAAUACAAUCAUCUUAUUUUUUCAUCUUGUCGCUCCAUGUAUUAUCAAUCUUUGUUCUGCAUUAUUCAUCAUAUCUGGAUCCGCCCGACAACGAUCAACAGCUCAAACAAGACUAACUCUGCAAGAACAUAUUUACAGUCAAAUUAGUGAACAUAAACAAUUAUUAAUCAGUCCAAUUAUUCUUCUGAUUUUGUCCCUACCACGUCUGAUUAUGUCAAUGUUAUCAGAAUGUGUCAAUCCAUCUAAUCAUCGAUUAUUAUUUAUUUCUGGUUAUUUCAUUUCAUUUACUCCAUCGAUACUUAUCUUUAUUGUCUUUGUCCUUCCUUCAGACCUAUACAGAAAAACAUUUCAAGAAACAUUCAGACGAUGGUGGCGACUAAUUCAUCGAUAAUCAAUUUUUCUUCAUUAUCUCGUAACUUUUCUAAUUUAUUGAAACAAUAUUCGCUUCGAUUUCAGAAUACAUCGGGAAAUAUCGAUCAAACAGAACAAAAUUUUUCGUCUUUUGCAUAGACUAUCGCAUAAUGAAAGAGAAAUUUGAUGAAUUUAUGAUGAUAGGGUGUGUGUGUGAUAUUGAGAGCAAAGUUACGUACUCCCGCACCUUCGCUUUCAGACAAAAAUAGAGCAGUCAUCCUAUUCCGGAAAGUUACACAUUCCGGAAUCGCUUGG